CGCAGAAAGAACAGACUAGCCCUUGCAACAAAUAAAAGAAAAACAUUUGGGAGCAGACAACAUUUCUGCGAAAGUUUUCAGAAAACCCCGCGGCUUUCCCCUUCAAUCCCUCUUUUCCACUGCACAUUUCCACCUAAAAAUUUCCCAUUUUCCCUCUUUUCUUUCUUUCCCUGUCUUUUGCAUGUUCAUUUUCAUCUUCAGCCAUCUCUACCCUCCAUUGCAGCCUACAAUUUCCCCCUUUCUCUCUAAAAAAGAAAUACUUCGCCCUCUGUUAUUGCUUCCCUGAAUGUGAUUCUUCUGGGUUCUUCUUAUUUUUACGCGGUUGCUCAUAGUCUGGUGGUGGUUUACUCGCAAUCCUGCAUCUGGGUUUUCGUGGGUUGAAGAUUUCAGAUAAUAGUCAGACAAGAAGUAGGUAGAGGAAAUCUGAGUGUUUAGUCUUUGGAUUUCUAUCACGGAUGGAGUGUAACAAGGAGGAGGCUAUCAGAGCAAAGAUAAUAGCGGAACAGAGAAUGGGUAAUGGGGAUCAUGAGGGGGCACUGAGGAUUGCAUUGAAGGCCCAGAGGCUGUUCCCCGAGCUUGAGAAUAUUUCACAGAUCUUGACAGUAUGCCAAGUUCACUGCUCUGCAAAAAACAAUCUAAGUGGAUCUGAAAUGGAUUGGUAUGGGAUUCUUCAGAUUGAACAAUUUUGUGAUGAGAAUACUGUCAGGAAACAGUACAGAAAGCUUGCACUAUUACUUCAUCCUGAUAAGAAUAAGUUUGCUGGUGCAGAAGCUGCUUUUAAGCUUAUUGGUGAAGCAAAUAGGGUUCUUACAGACCAGACAAAACGUUCUCAAUAUGACAUGAAGUGCAGAGCCCAGAUGAAAGUGCCAACAAAGCCACCAUUUAAUGAUCAAUCAAAAAGAGCUGCACCAAAGCCUCCUUCUAAUCAAUCAAAGAGAGCUGCAGCAAAGCCACCCACUAAUCAAUCAAGUAGGACUCCCCAUCGUAAAAAUCAGAAUGGUUUCCCUAAUGUUUCUUCACCAUUCAUGGCUUCUAACAUUCACCAGCAGGUUAAACCAUCUUUCUGGACCUAUUGCACUGCCUGUGGUUUCAGAUACCAAUACUUGAAAGCUUAUAUGGAUAAAUUGUUGCGGUGUCAGAAUUGCAAAGCUUCCUUUAUUGCCCGUGAUCUGGGUCCUCAAGUCUUGUUGCCAGGAUUCUCUUUGAAUCAGUUUUCAUAUAAGAAAGAGGUUCCAUGUAGAUUUGCAGCAUCAGAUCCUAUGCCCAAGAAAAAGAAUGCUUCUGAUGUUUGUCAGGCAUCUACAACAGAAAAGAAAGUUGGACAUUCAUAUGCAGGGUCCGAGAGGAAUGGUGUUGAAAAGUCUCAGUCUAAUGCUGCAAAGCCACCUGAUAAUCAAUCAAGUAGGACAUUCCAUGUUAAAAAUCUGUAUUGUUUCCCAAAUGUUUCUUCUCCAUUUGUAGCUUCUAAUACUCAACAGCAGACACAACAACCAUCUUUCUGGACCUAUUGCACUGCUUGCGGUUUCAUGUUUGAAUACCCCAAAGCUUACGUUGAUGAAUUGUUGAAGUGUCAGAAUUGCAAAGCUUCCUUUAUUGCCCAUGAUCUGGGUCUUCAAGGUGUGUCACCAGGAUUCUGUUGGAGUCAGUUUCCUAACGAGAAAGAGGUUCCACAUAGAUUUUCAGGAUCAGAUCCUAUGCACAAGGAAACAAAUGCUUCUGAGGUUUGUUUGGGAUCUAAAACAAAAAUGAAAGGGGCUGGGGGGAAUGGUGUUGAAGAGUCUACGUCUAAUGCAGCAAGGCCUGGGCAAUCAGGUACUAGAAGAAAUGUCAACAGGAAGAGAGGCAGGGAAUUGUCAGAGCAAUCCAGUGAAAGUUUAGAGACUAGCAGUGCAGGUAACAAUGAUGAUGUGGAUAUUGAAAAAACUAGUGUCAAUUAUGACUGAAUGGCACGAUACCAAUUUUGGUGUUUCUGAGAAUGACUGGCAGAGAACUGUUUUGCUGUUGAUAAAGUAUGGGCUAUAAUUUACCAAACGAAGUAAGGUGCCUGUUUCUUGUGGCAAGUACAGCAAUGGAUCCUUAGGAGAAACUACUGCUGGCCUAGUGUUCUCUCAUCAGGUUGAUUUUGUAAUACGAUGUGGUAGGAGUUCUUAUGUGAUAUAUCCUAGGAAGGGGGAAACUUGGACCCUAUUCAAGGCUAGGGAUAUCAAGUGGAAUUCUGAUGCAGAAAGCAUCAACCACUGUAUCUGUAUGAUUUUGUGGACGUUGUUCCAGAUUUUGGUAAGGAAAUGGGCACUGUGGUGGCAUACUUAAGAAAAAUAAAAGGAUUUGUUAUUU